UCCACAGCUCGUUUAGCAGGGCUCACCUGACCCGGCUCCGUCCUCCUGGACUCGUCCUGUGCCCAGCCGUCCCUCCCCGAGCGGAGGUUAUUGACCCGGGGCGAGCGUGCCAGCUCAGAUAAGCAGGAGAGGGGCAGGCGCGGAGGGACACUUUGCCACAGAGAGCUCACUCUCGCUCCCUCUCUGUCUCUUUCUCCUUCUUUCUCGCUCGCUCACUCGCUCAAUUACCAUCCGACUCAGCCAGUCACUCGCUAGCGUGCGGAGAGAUUCGAUUAGUCAGGAUCACGACGCUCGCAUUUGGAGAGAAUCGAUGAGUCAGGAUCUGGACCCCCGUGGUGGCACCCCGACCGUCAGGGGUAUGGUGCAGGUUCAGGAGGAGACCCAGGACCCUGUUCUGAAUGGCUCUGUGGGCACCAGGUUGGCUGGAGGCUCAGGUGAGGCAGAGGUACAGGUGGUGCAGAUGUGCCAGUUGGUCCUUCCCUGCCAUGCCAACCAUCUGGGUGAGCUGGACGCCGGGCAACUGCUGAAAUGGAUGGACACCAUUGCUUGCUUAGCAGCUGAACGGCAUGCUGGGAUUGCCUGUGUCACUGCCUCCAUGGAUGACAUCCAGUUUGAAGAGACAGUGAGAGUUGGUCAAGUUAUCAACAUCAAAGCCAAAGUCAACAGAGCUUUCAACACCAGUAUGGAGGUGGGUAUCCGUGUUUCAGUGGAGGAUGUGGUGACUGGUGUUCUGAAGGUGGUGUGUGUGGCCUUGUCCACGUUUGUGGGGAAGCCUGUGGGAGGAGAGAAGGUGCGCCUGAGCCCCUUGAAGCUCGUGGACUCUGCAGAGGAGCAGCUGGAACAUUCUCUGGCCUCUGAGAGACGCAGACUCCGCCUUUACAACCAGCAGGCCUUCAACAACCUGAUGCAGGACUGCCAUGCCCUGAAAGGCGUGUGUAAGAGGAGAGACGGCGUCCCGCUGAAGUCGACGGAGAGCACUCGCGUGGAAAGCAUCGAGCUGGUCCUGCCGCCACACGCCAAUCACCAUGGCAACACCUUCGGAGGGCAGAUCAUGGCCUGGAUGGAGAACGCAGCCACUGUUGCUGCCAGCCGUCUGUUUGGAACCUACCCUACCCUCCAGGCAGUGGACAUGUUCAAGUUCCGUGGCCCGUCCACUGUGGGGGACAGGCUGGUGUUCAAAGCUGUGGUCAACAACGUCUUUCAGACCUGUAUGGAGGUGGGGGUUCGAGUGGAAGCCUACAACUGCGAGGAGUGGAAGCAGGGCCGGGGACGACACAUCAACAGCGCCUUCCUCCUUUACCGCUGGACCAGCAGCAGAUCCAACCACCUUCCCCUCCCCAACAUCACGUUCACCACCAAGGAGGGAGAGAGAAGAUGCCUUGCUGCAAUUGUCAGAAAAAGAAUUCGUAUGGCCAGAAAGCACAUCUUAUCUUUUAAAGAUGAAGGACCUCUGUCUGUUCCCUGGGACAAAAGUAAUCAAGUAUAUUUGGGCUAUAACAAUGUGGCAGCUCUCACGGUCUUGGCUGGUAAACAAGCGUGGGAAGCAACAAGCAAUCUUCAGAACAAGAUUGGCAUCUUUGUGAAUGAGGAGCAGGGUUGGCUGUCCUUGAAGGUGGAGAUGGAGGUGGGGGCUUCAGCCUUUCACGUCUUCUCCCUGUUGUCCGACCUCCGUCAGCGGCCACUCUGGGACAAGCAUUACUCGAGCUGUGAGGAAGUUGAGCAGGCGGAUGUGGAGGAGGCGGUGUACCACGUUAAGUGUCCCUCUGUCAACGGCAGCCGAGGCCGAGAUUUUGUUAUCCUGCUGUCGAAAAGACAGCCCUGCAAGGACAGUGACCCGUUCAUCAUCGCCCUGCGGUCGGUCACCGUGGCGACGGCCCCUCCGCAGCAGGACUACGUCAGGAGCGAAGCGCAGUGCGCAGGGUUCCUCAUCCACAGUAGCGGACACACUUCCUGUAAGGUGUCUUACUACAACCAGGUGACCUCCGGGGUUCUGCCAUACAUCGCUGGGACCUUAGCAGGCUGGUCCAAAUCCAUGGAGGAGACUGCACUCUCAUGCAUUGCUUUUCUGGAGAAGGACAGUGUUAAAACUGCCUUGUGAAACGUAUUCAAAUUUGUUUCAUGUCUGUAAAUAAUGCCUUUGAAUGAGAUGUUCUUUUAAGGUGGAUAAUUUUGUCUACAGGUCAAACUGUGAGAUUGGCCACCCCAAUAUAAGUGUGAGAUACUACUUAGUAAACCCUUAGAAUGUAUAGACACUGACUUUUUCAAUAAUGCAUUUGUAUUUUCUUUGGUGAAUCAAACUGUAAAUUUAUGAAAUUCUGUAAUGUCUAAAAGCUGUAUUCACUUGUAUGAGCUUAAGUAAAAGUUUGUUUCUGUA